CGUGGGUUUAGAGUUUUGGCUCCCGGGAAAGGUUCCACUCCUCCGGGAUAGAGGGUUGAGUUUUGUAUGCUUCCAUCCCAUUCUGCAAGACGCUAAAGGCCUCUCAUCAACCUCUCCUGUGUCCAGGAACACCUCCGUAGUAAUCAUUUCGUUUAUUUUGUCUUUUGGAGCUGGAGCGCAUUGCCAGAAGUGGUCGAUUCAACUGAAGCUUUUUUGUUGUUGUUGUAAAUGCUUGUUGUAUGAUGACUCCAGCUUGAGGAGCCAUCACCAAAAACAAAAAAGUUUUCUUCAAACGCAUUUCGAAUAAAAACUAGAAUAAAACAGAAGCAACUACAACCAUAUCCUGCUAUUUGAACGACUUCUUCAACGACUAGGAGGAUCACGUUCCAACCAGCUACGGAGAUAGACUACAGUAACUCACUCUGUGAGUUGUUAAUGUCGUGCCAACACAGGACGGGCUCAAGGAGACAGGACUUGUGAACUCAACUGGGACUUUUAUUUCGUUCUACACGUUUUAACUACAACAAACUUAUUUUACUGUUAUUUGUCAACCACCAAGAAGGAAAGAUUGCUCUUCAACAACUACCUUCCUAUUAUUCUCAUUUGGCUGGAGCGGGUUUGUACGAAACUGUUUUAAUGUUUGGAAUUCAGGAAAAUAUUGGCUUACCUAGAGGAGGGACGACUAUGAAAGAGGAACCGCUGGGCAGCGGGAUGAACUCGGUCCGCUCGUGGAUGCACACAUCUGGGGUAGUGGAUGCGAACACAGCCGCCCAAAGCGGUGUGGGUUUGGCUCGGGCACACUACGAGAAGCAACCACCGUCCAACCUCAGAAAAUCCAACUUUUUCCACUUCGUUCUUGCGUUGUAUGACAGACAAGGACAGCCGGUGGAGAUCGAACGGACAGCUUAUGUGGACUUUGUGGAGAAGGACAAAGAACCAAACAGUGAAAAAACUAACAAUGGGAUACACUACAAACUACAGUUACUGUACAGCAACGGUGUCAGAACAGAACAGGAUCUUUUCGUACGAUUAAUCGAUUCCAUGACAAAACAGGCUAUUAUCUAUGAAGGUCAAGACAAAAACCCAGAGAUGUGCCGAGUGCUUCUCACACACGAAAUCAUGUGCAGUCGGUGUUGUGAUAAGAAGAGUUGUGGCAACAGGAACGAGACUCCUUCAGACCCCGUUAUCAUCGACAGGUAAGAAACAGACCGAUGUUCGGUUACAGAUCUUUUCUCUAUUCUGGUUUAGUCGUGUGGCGUGUGCUGUGUGUAUGUGCUGUGUGUAUGUGCUGUGUGUAUGUGCGGAGUGUAUGUGCUGCGUGUAUGUGCUGUG